AGAGUGACAACGGAACAUGCAUCUAGAGAACAAAGAUGGUGGGCUGACCUCUGGUGUGCUGGAGAUGGAGCUACAUCAGUCAUCUGCUCCUAUGUGUGCUGGUCUGGGAAGGCCAGGGCUGGCGGUACCUGCCACCAGCAACCACAGGCUACUGCAGGGAGUCAACAGGGUAGACCCCACAUCCCCCUACUCCAGCAGGGCAACUGGGCAGAGCUGCUUGGCUUCUGUGGACCAGGAUUUUGGUUCAUUCCUCACAGAGCAGAGGUCUCACUCUUCUUUACCUCAGUUCUCCAACUCCAGGUCAAAAGACCCCUGCUUUACAGAAAAUACCCCUUUGCUGGGAAAUUCCUCACAAGAGAAAGGGUCAUGGGGCAUGCCUAUUUGCCAUCCAGAGUUUAUCACUGCUGAAGAAUCUUGGGGGAACAGCUCAGCUGAGUGGGAUGGAGGAUCUCUGCUGAGCAAAGACUUGGCUGGUUCCUCUGGAUCUGCCUCCCAAGAGAAAGGGGAGCUUCUGGACAGUGCUCACAUCAGGUCCCGUCUUUUGAAACUGAGAGCAAUGGCUGGUUGCCAGCUUGUUCCAGAAAACAUUCCAGUGAUCGUGCAGCAGGAGAGGUUCAGAGUUUAUGGAAAAACAACACACAGCUGGUGCCAGGAUUUUACCACACUCUGGCAUCUUUGUCUCAAUAUCAGCAAACGUGGCUGCUCUCCAGGGUCCAUGAGGACUUUUGCCCACAGGGAGGCUGUAAAGUAUAAGUGUAACCUGCUGUGGCCGCCGCCGCCUGGAGCCUGGAACAUCAGCCUGGGUCACCUCCACCACAACAUGUUCUUCUCUUCCAGUAUGACUUGGGCCACUGGCCACCAGGGCCCCUUCCAGGUCCACCCGGAGCAGUGUGGAAUCCACAUAGCUGGUGAGAUUGUUCACAGAACACUGGCAGCCAUGUUGGGUUCCCUUGCAGCAUUAGCAGCGCUGGCUGUGAUUGGAGACAGACCCAGCCUGACCCAUGUGGUGGAGUGGAUUGAUUUUGAGACCUUGGCCCUGCUAUUUGGCAUGAUGAUCUUAGUAGCCAUAUUUUCAGAAACUGGAUUUUUUGAUUAUUGUGCUGUAAAGACGUACCAGCUCUCUAGGGGAAGAGUGUGGGCCAUGAUCAUCAUGUUGUGUCUCAUUGCCGCUGUCCUGUCUGCCUUCCUAGACAAUGUCACCACAUUGCUGCUUUUUACUCCUGUGACGAUAAGAUUGUGUGAGGUGCUCAACCUUGAUCCAAGACAAGUCCUCAUUGCAGAAGUGAUCUUCACAAAUAUUGGAGGAGCUGCCACUGCCAUUGGGGACCCACCAAACGUCAUUAUUGUUUCCAACCAGGAGUUGAGGAAGAUGGGCCUGGACUUCGCAGGAUUUACUGCACACAUGUUCGUUGGGAUUUGCCUCAUUCUACUGUUCUCCUUUCCACUCCUCAGACUCCUUUUCUGGAACAAAAAGCUUUAUAACAGGGAGCCCAGUGAGAUUGUUGAACUGAAGCACGAGAUCCACGUUUGGCGCCUGACUGCGCAGCGCAUCAGCCCGGCCAGCCGAGAGGAAACAGCGGUUCGGGGCCUGCUCCUGGGGAAGGUGCAGGCACUGGAGCACCUGCUGGCCCGAAGGCUGCAUACCUUUCACAGACAAAUCUCACAGGAAGAUAAAAAUUGGGAGACGAAUAUCCAGGAACUCCAGAAAAAGCACAGGAUAUCAGACAGGAUUCUGCUCACCAAAUGCCUGAUGGUGUUGGGAUUUGUUAUUUUCAUGUUCUUUCUCAAUUCAUUUGUUCCUGGUGUUCAUCUUGAUCUUGGGUGGAUUGCUAUUAUGGGUGCCAUCUGGUUGCUAAUUUUAGCUGAUAUCCAUGAUUUUGAGAUAAUUCUACAUCGAGUGGAAUGGGCAACUCUUCUGUUCUUUGCAGCACUUUUUGUUCUAAUGGAGGCACUGGCACAUCUCCACUUAAUAGAAUAUGUUGGAGAACAGACUGCUUUGCUAAUAAAGAUGGUCCCAGAGGAUCGGCGCCUCACAAUUGCCAUCAUCCUGGUGGUCUGGGUCUCAGCCAUUGCAUCAUCCUUGAUUGACAACAUCCCAUUCACUGCUACAAUGAUUCCUGUACUCCUGAACCUCAGCCAAGAUCCCGAGGUCAGCCUGCCUGCACCACCACUCAUGUAUGCCCUGGCUCUUGGCGCCUGCCUGGGAGGUAAUGGGACACUGAUUGGAGCAUCGUCAAAUGUGGUCUGUGCAGGAAUUGCUGAGCAGCAUGGAUAUGGCUUCUCUUUCAUGGAAUUUUUCAGGUUGGGCUUCCCAAUGAUGGUUGUCUCCUGCACAGUUGGGAUGUGUUACCUCCUUGUUGCUCAUGUCGUGAUGGGAUGGAAUUAACAGAUAUACAUCGUUUGAAGACUAAGGGAAACUUUAUCCAUCACCAACAUCAGUAGAAAACUGCCCCAAGACCACUCUUGGGAGAAGAAAAGGUGCUCAUCAUGGGGGUGCUCUGGAGUGGAAACCUUUGGCAUCCACACUUAUUCAGGUGAAUGCUAGAAAAUCAUGGGAAAUACAAGAUAACUUACUAAAGAUUCGACUACAAGAAAAUAUGUAUAUUUCAAAACAAGUCUUGCUAUGCUCUGUAAGAAAAGACACAAAUGCAAUAUUCGACUCCAAGUGGCUUGUACUGUUUAACUUUCAGUUUCCUGAGGUCAUCAAGAGUUUUUUUAUGUAAUCAUUUUCCAUGUUAAAAUAGUCUGCAUCUCUGUACUCUUUCUGGGAAAAGGAAAACAGUUUGUAAGGAAACAUUUUAUGUAUUGAAAAAAUAAACUGUAACUUGACAAAAGGUUUAGAAUUAAUUAGUCUCCUAGCUUUUUAGUAGUUUACAUAAUAUAAAAUUAUAUUUUAUCCAUUUAUGUUUUUCUCUGGAGUUUUUAAGUCAUCAAUUACAAGUGUAGAAAUUUGACUUGUAAGAUGGUCAUAAGUGCUUUUAAAAUAAUAUUUUACAAUUUAACAGCCUA